UGAUAGUGCGAAUUCGUUGAGAAGCCAGUCAUUUCAUUCACGUUGCGGUAGAAGCACGUUCAAAAUGAAAAUAAUAGUGUUUAUGUUAUUUUGCUUGGCGUAUACUUACGCGGACUCGGACUUUAGUGGUAGAGCAAGGAAUUUUAGCAUAGAACUGCUUCAUUAUACACAAUUGGAAUCAGAUGGGCACGUAGUGAUAUCGCCGUUUGGCAUUUGGAGUUUGAUGACUGGUGUCGCCUUAGGAGCCACUGGGAACAGCAGAGCGCAACUCUCUCACGCAUUCUUCCUUCCUAGAAGUCAAAAGACUAUCAUAAGUGGUUAUAAGAACUUGACGUCGAUAGUACUGGAUCCCAAAACGUCAGAUGUUUCCCUAACAAGCAGGAACUUCAUGUUUCUAGACAAGGGAUUCACGAUAUAUCCCGACUUCCGGAAAAUAAUCACCACGGACUUCAACGCUAUGGUGAUUAAUCUGAACUUCACAGAUUCAACGGACGCAGCGCGUGCUGCGAACACCAUCAUAAACGAUUCUGGUGCCACGGUAUCCAACGUGCUAAGAUCAGACGACUUCAUGAAUUCGAGAAUGAUUCUCACCAAUGUCAUCACCUUCAAAGGACUCUGGCAGUCGCCAUUCAACAAGUCGGAAACAACUCUCGAGCCAUUCUACGAUGAGAACAGAAACCAAAUAGGCAAAGUGAAUAUGAUGUAUCAAAGAGGGCAGCUACCUUUCUCCAGCAUACAGUCAUUGCAUUCGCUCGUUAUGGAAUUGCCGUAUGGAAACGACAAUAAAUACUGCAUGUUGAUCAUCCUGCCGCACCUCAAAGUAAAAGUAACAGACGUGUACCAGCAAUUCGAGACGAUCACCUUUAAGGACAUAUUUGACAGACUGCAAUCAGACGUCGAUAGGUUCGGCUUGGAAGAUAUUGAUAUCAAACUGCCAAGGUUUAAGAUAAGUACGAAUGUUGUGCUGAACCGGCCUCUCAACAGCAUGGGGGUGACUGAUAUAUUUGAUCCCACGUUAGCGAGCUUUGAGAAGGUUUCCCGUGAGAGCAUUUACGUUUCAGCGAUCGUGCAUAAAGCGGAUAUAGAGGUCACGGAGUCAGGCACGGUUGCGUCAGCAGCCAGCAGUGCCUUCUUCGCCGAUCGCAUAUCAACACCGACGUUUAAUGCAAACAGACCGUUCAUAUACUUUGUUAUGGAGAAACCAACCGCUACUGUGAUAUUCAGUGGGAUAUAUGCGAAACCAUCUGUGUUCUGAUGUGACUAACGUAAUCGUGGCAGUAUUUUAUGUGAACUAUAAACGAGACGGUAUAGAGUAUCCUAACGUAGCUAAGUCAAUAACAUGUAUUUAUUUAUUCUGGGUUUUUACGUGUGUGUUGAAACUGGUAUCGUGUGUGGUUAAACAAGCUUGGAUCCUUAUUAUUGCUCAUUUAAAUACUUUGAUUUUUCCUCUUUGUGUGAAGUGCUGUAACAUUUUUGUGAAUGCCCGGAAAUAAAGGUUCAUGACAUAAU